CUUGAAGCUUUCGAUUGCGCCUGAACGGCCUUAAACUCCGCAAUUUGCGCCAUGGAACCUAUAUAUCCGCCGCCUGAGGUCAGCGUCCUUCUUCUGGGCGACCCAGAAGUAGGUAAGUCGACGUUCCUGUCUCGACUAAGCCUCGGCAUCCGUCCCCACAAUGAUGACCUACCGCCCUACUCCCUCCCCGUCCUCCACGACAUGGACCAACCCUUUAAAUUCAACAUAACCCUCUAUCGCCGCCCCUACAGCUUACAAUUCUACGACACCGCUUCUCCCACAAACUACACCCUCCUCCAACCCAACUUCAUAAUCCUCUGCUUCGACAUCACCCGCCGCGAGACCCUCCACUCCCUCCGCACACACUGGAUAGAUCUCGUAAACAAGCACUUCAAUUACGAUGAAGUCAUGCCCGUCAUGGUGCUUGGGUUAAAACGCGAUUUACGACAGGAGUGGACGGAUGAGGAGAAGAGGGGUGGUGGGAGAGGGAAGAGCGUGAUGCCCCAGGAAGGACUGGGGGUCGCACAGGAAAUGAUGUGUGAUCGGUAUGCGGAGUGUAGUGCAUUAACAGGAGAGCUGUGUAAAGAGGUAUUGGAAGAUGUGGCGAAGACGAGUGCAAGGACGACGACGGAGAAGGGUGGGAGGACUGAGGCGGGUUGUUGUGUUAUGUGAUGGAUGCUUAAGACUGUUACAAGAUAUUAAGGGUGGAAAAUAAGGGUGGAGACUUCGCUGGAAUAUUGUUGACGGUCAGUUGCAUUGUUUUACGUGCUGUUAAACGAUACUUAACCUGUCUUCGUAUACCCUUAUAUACA